UGAACCCAGAACCGCGAGCAAGAGGGGAGGCAGUAGUGAUACAGGCGCAGCAGCAGGGGCUGCCUGAAGGUCGCUUCCAGUAAUGGAGUAGAGAGUUUUGAGUAUACCAUGCUCCUCUUUCUAUAGGCUCAACUUUCAGUCAAGGAUGUACACAACCCUACAGGAGCCGCUUCUAGAAAAAGCAGUAGCGCGCAAUUCAUCGGUUGAGAAGGAAAUCACCAUGUCUUCUUCCAGACUGGGGCUCCGUUUGGCUGCGUGUUUAUUAAACAUUUCAGAAGCCAGAAGAAAAUACAUUGUUGAGAACGUAGCAAAAGCAGCUCUUCUUGAAAAAAAUGGACAGAAGCAUCCUGAAGUAUCAGUGCUCAAUAUAUUUUCUGAUCAAGAGUACAACAGAUCAGUCAUUACAAUAGCAGCUUCUGUUGAUGCGUUAGCCAAUUCUAUUCUGGCUGCCUGCCUGGAGGCCUUCCAGUCGAUUGACAUGGAGGUUCAAGAGGGGAUCCAUCCUUGCCUGGGAGCAGUGGACCUGAUUCCCAUUUACCCUCUCUCUGGUGUAGGAGUGGAAGAGUGUGGAGCUAUGGCCAGAACACAUACAGUGACUUCCAGUGUGAAGGCCACUAGGAUGAGAAAAUUCUGAGGAAAUGAUAUAGUGAUGCUAGUGGCAUUGAUGGACCUAUAAGGUUAAGUGCAUCAACCCAAGUCUCUGCACACCCGCAGGCACCCACCAGCCCAUCCAUCUGGUUUCUGCUGGGCAAGCAAGGAUGUGCUUCUCAGGAGACCCAGAGCGUGUGAUGAUAGUGAAGAGGACGACACAUGGGUAUCAUGAUAUGCUAUUAUAAUAAUUAUAGCAUUGUUAUUAAUUAGCUUAUCAUUUGUUGUGUGACUCAAAAUUGCAUGUAUUAAAUACCUCACUCUCCAGUUUUAAUUAACCAAAAAUACAUAGUAGGAUAAUAUCUCAAGAUGAUAAUUGUUAUGCCUCUCUUCCCCCCAUAGCCCACGUGUGACUGUUUCCUGGACAGCCUGAGUUAUUUGCUGCUUUGUGGGGUAUAGAAUUGUUAUAGUGAGAAUGUGGAAGUAACAGUCAGGGUUCAACCAAAAGGAGAGGGCUUGGAAAAGCAUGUUCCAAAAUUUAUUCCAUGGCAAUGGAGUAGAGAAAGAAGGAAGGCCACCCCACUCCCUGUUCCCAGGAAGAUGAAGGCUUGGGGUGGGGUUUGGGAGGAGAGCAUCACAAACAGUACACUUCUUCCCUUCCCAAAUCUUGAACCAAUUUGACAGUAGAGAGAAGCAUGUGAGAAGUGAAAAUACUAACUUUAUUACUGAUAAAACUAACGUGACAGCUGAGCUUACCCACCAGAGAAUUAGACAGACCCAUCCGGGCAGUUACAGGCAGCACUGGACAGCACAGGCCUGGCCCUGGCAAGCUAAUGGCAAGGAGGAGGUGGAGUGGAAUGUCUGUUUCCUAAGCUCCUAAGAAGGAAGAAGGGAGGGAGGGGUAGGCCUGUGCAAACCCAGCUUGUCUCCCAAACUCCCCACCAGGGAAGGGAUGUUGGGAAGGAGCAAGGCCAAUGAUUUAAUUUCCUAAGCCUGCAGUAGACAAAAGUGCUGCAGACUGGGUGAUUUCAACAACAGGAAUUUAUUGUCUCACAGUUCUGGAGGCUAGAAGUCCGAGAUCAGGGUGUCAGCAGGGUUGGUCCCUUCUGAGUGCUGUGCCGCAAGGAUCUGUCCCAUUUUGGCUUGUGGAUGGUCCUCUUCAUGUUCACAUGGUGUUCUCCCUGUAUGUUGUCUGUGUCCAGAUUUCCCCUUUUUAUGAGGACAUCAGUCAUAUUGGAUUAGGGCCCCACUCUAUUCCAGUAUGUGGUCUCACGUUAACUAAUUAUACCUGCAAUGACCCUAUUCCCAGAUAAGGUCACCUUCUCGUGUCCUGAGGGCUAUGACUUCAACAGAUGGAUUUUGCAGGGGACACAGUUUAACUCAUAACAGCCAGCAAGACCAGCAGAACUCCCUCCAUGCGGAAAUAAACAUCAGUAUUGGAUUGGAAGCAUUUUCCUUCAAAAGGAGAUUUAAUGCAGUGGGCAUGGGUGCUUGGAAAUGAGCAUCCGCUGAGAGGUGGUAAAAAGGAGAGGGAUUGUGGGUAGGGGGAUGGGAGGACUUCAUCUAUUUUGGGGAUAAGUGACGAGAGUUAGGGCUAGGCUUGAGACUACUAAGAGAUUGUUGAGUGUUGUCAGUGGCCAGUGACCAGGAAGAUGGAAGAUGUAGGGGAGCCGAACACACACAAGGAGACCAGACUACCUCAUGUGAGCUAUUUGUUUGAUAUUUGGAGAGCUGUGGUUGGGUGGAAGAGCCACCUUAACUCUUCCUUGCUGUGGGGAGUGGGCUUUAUACUGAAGGCUGUUUACAUAUUGCUGAUACAUUGGCCAACAGAAGGAUUCCUGGCCAUCCUCAAAACUUAGCCAUGUCUCAUCAGAACUACAUUUGGGGGGAGUUUCAGCUUCUUAAUAUGCCCCCUGAAAGAAAAUGAGAAGUCCUUACGAAGGGGGUGCACUAUAUGGAAGUGACAGGCCCAGUUCCAAUUCCACACACACAUUAAUAUGUGUGUGUAUAUAUAUGCCCAUGAGUUUCUGAUCACUGUGAUCUAAACAGUUACAUCACAUUGAAUGGCUAGAAAGGGAAGCCAAAUGGUAAGUGGAAAGAAUAAGAAUUUUGGAGCUGAAUAAACCUGAGUUCAAACCCCAGAUCUUCUACUUAAUUGCCAGCUGACUUUAAGAAAAUCGUUUAGUGUCGUUUAUAGUCUUUUUUGGUUUUAUACCUAUACAGUGGGGAGUAAUACCAUCUUGGGAGGGUGAUUAUGGGAAAUAAUGCCUGCAUGUAAAGCCCCUGGUCCCCUGCCUCCCACCAGUAAAGAGCUGUCACUGCUCUUAGUAAUUCUCUGUGGCCUUGUGGAGGGGGUUGCUGAGCAGUUGGGGCCCAGGCUGUCCCCCUCCACCAUAAAGAGAGUGGAUCCCUCUUCUCUGUUUUGUGUUAUCAAGAUUCCAAAUAAAGUGCCUUUUGAGGAAAGGGAUUGCACGACAAGAUGUUUGAAAACCACUUGGGCAGGAGAUCUCUGAAGUGCUUUCAGCUCUAAAAUUCUAAGUCCUAUAGCAGACAGUUUCUUUUAUAUCAGUUCUUCAUUUGCGAAAUGGUAUUCAGCACGUAUUUCAGAGAACUGUUAUGAAGAUAAAUGAAGAGGUAUUUGUGAACAUCCAAACAAUGUUGGAGUGCCUGUUAUGUUUCCAUUUACCAUAGUAAAUGCUAUGGUGACUAUAGGGAAGUAUAAUAGAGUUCCUUCCCCCGAGAAAGCUGGGCCAUGAAAUCUGCACCUGAGACAGGAGAGAGCACCAUAGGACAGAAGAAAACAAGUGACUGAAUACAGUGUAAAUUGCAUAUGUUAGGUCACUCAAGAAAGUGGAAUUCUUUAAACAAACAAUAUCAUGUCUGCACAAAGUGGUAAUUUUAUCAUCAUAUUCCCUACAACGGAAUAGCAAGCUCUUUGUAUACACAUCUCCAUGGACGUAUAUGUUAUAUACAAGGAAAUAGUAAGAUUCUUGGAUUCUUGGAUAUAAAGAUACAUGUGAGGGGAGUUCCCUGGUGGCCUAGUGGUUGGGAUUCCAGGCUGUCACUACUGUGGCCCAGGUUCAAUCCCUGGUCAGGGAACUGAGAUCUCACAAGCCAUGCAGUGCAGCCAAAAAUAAAAUAAAAUAAAAUAAAAAUAAAGACAUAUGUGUAAAAUGUGUCCCAGACUACUAAUAUAUCAUAUAUUUUUAUGGAUACCUAUACUGCCAUGAAAUUAUAUGGUUUACUAAGGGUUUGGGGGCACAUAAUUCUUAUGUCUAUGAUAAGGAUAGAGGAUAGGUCCAAUUCUUUCAUUCUAUAGCUAGAAAACAGACCUAGAAACAUUAAGAAACUUACCCAUAGUUUUCCAUCUAGACAGCAGCAGAACAAAGGAUCCUCACAACUGUUUAUUUACUCGACCUUGCCUCGAACUUUUUAUUAAUUUUCUUUUUCAAAAUUUCAAACAUUACAGGUAAGGUUAAAGUUCACCUCUGUCCACCAGCUACAUUCCUGGUUCCCUGAACCACCCCUGCCAAGUUAUGGUAUAGUAUGCUCAUACUCAAUCCAGAAUUUUCCCCAUGCUUUUAUUUGUACCUACGUAUAUACUCAUAAAUCCAAUAUAGUAUUUCUUGUACGUGUUUGUAGUAUAAAUGCUAUUGUACAUAACUUUUAAGCAAUUUUUACUUCAUUUUUGUAUUGAAGUAUAGUUGAUUUAUAAUGUUAUUUUCAGGUAUACAGCAAAGUGCUUCAGUUUUAUAUAUAUGUAUGUAUACAUACAUACAUGUAUAUAUACACAUAUACACACAUAAAUUUUAUGUAUAUAUAUAUCCUAUAUACAUUCUCUUUCAAAUUGUUAUACUAUAACUUUUUUAUUCAGCAAGAUAUCUUGGAAAUCUACCUAUGGUGUUCCAUAGAGCUCAUUCCUGCUGUAUAGUUAUCAUGGUAUGCAUAUAUCACAUUUUUUCUAUUCCCCUAUUUAUAGACAUUCAGAUGUUUCUUAUUUUUUCCAGUACAAAUAAUGUAGCAGUGAAUAAUCUUGAAUAUACUUUCCGGUAUACAAAUGUAAGGAUUUCUUUAGAGCAAUAUAAAAAGAAUGGAAUCAUUAGGUACAAACAUUUCAAAAUACUUUUACAGAUUAAUUUUUAUAUGAAAAUUAAUUAAGUGCCUAUCAUGACCUCAUUUCCAUGAAUACAUAACAAAUUUUUUCUUUGCAUUUUAUUUUUUACUGCCAUGCCAAUGGUAAAUUGACAGCUCAGAGACACAAGUGAAAUUACUUUCUCUUAGCAAGUACUGUUCAUUUUGAAUUAUAGAUGCUGUUAUCAGCAUUGCAUUAUUUGUAAGUUUAUUUGUCCUUUAGAAAUGAAACAUGAUAGAGUAAACAGUAGCAUCCAGUGAUAGCAGAGUUUUGUUUUCCCCCCUAAAUUGUUUUCUGCUCCCUCAAGAAAGAACAGGCAACAGAAUGUGUCAGUAGAAAUGCAAUUUAGGACUUGAUCUUGUUUUUCAGCCUAAUGUUUCUCUUCUUUCAUCAUAAAGAUCAGCUGCAUUUUAUUUUUCUCCAGUCCUUAGAAUAACAUCCAGUUCUAGUCAGCAUGUUUAAUGUACUUCUCAAUGAUGUUCUAGCACAAUAAAUUUUUGUAUCUCG